AUGGUGCUUGCUUGCUAUCUUACCCUUACAGCGCUCUCUGCUCUGGUGCUUGGCAAGCCUUUGGCUCGCAGUUUACAGGUGCACGAAUUCCAAGAGACGGUACCAACUGGCUAUAAGCUUGUAGGACCCGCCUCUUCUGACAAAGUGCUAAGCCUCCGGAUCGGCCUUGUUCAGAACAAUGUCAACGGGCUUGUGGAUGCACUCUACAAUAUUAGUGCGCCCACCAGUGUUGACUAUGGUAAAUAUCUUUCUCAGGCUGAGGUGAAUGCAUAUAUGGCGCCAACAUCCGAAACCGUAUCUGCCGUGAAUUCCUGGCUUUCCGAGAAUGGUCUCAACGCAACUGCUAUUUCUUCCGCCGGCGACUGGCUUGCCAUCAAUGUCCCUGUGAGCAUGGCCAACGAUCUUUUAGGCGCCAACUUCUCCGUCUACCUCCAAACACGCACCGGGGAGCAGAUUGUCAGAACUUUAUCCUAUUCCAUUCCAACCGAUUUGAAUGGUCACAUUGAUUUUGUGCACCCGACCAUUACGUUUGCCGGUGGCUCUCGUUCCUCCCCCGUUGUUCAAUAUAUAGGAUCCGCGGAUGCCAUUCGUAAUGCCUCACCUUCCGCCAAUGUCACUGCGGCUUGUUACCUCGAGAAUACUCCUGUGUCGGACCCAUGGGUUUUCCCCACAUGUAUACAAGCCCUGUACGGUAUACCUGCUACCCCAGCCACAGUGACAUCAAAUUAUCUGGGAGUAGUCGAGUAUGAAGGGAACUGGGCCAAUCGGGAUGACCUUAAGGCAUUUUUGGGAGAGUUCCGGCCCGACAUGAAUUCGUCGACUACAUACGCCUUUCAAUCAAUAGAUAAUGGAACCGAUUCUCAAAAUAUCACAGAAGCAGGGGCAGAAGCGGACCUCGACAUAGAAUAUACAGUUGGACUUGCAACGGGCGUUCCGGUCACCCUCAUCUCGACAGGCGGUGAAUUUCCGGGCGCGUUACUUGAUGCAGCCGCUACCUUGCUCAAUGAAUCCUCCCCCCCGCAAGUGUUGUCCAGCAGCUGGGGCUAUAAUGAAGAUCAAGUGUCAAAGAAAUUCGCUUACGCACUUUGCAACGCAUAUGCUGGUCUGGGUGCGCGAGGCGUCUCAAUAAUCUACUCCUCCGGCGAUGGAGGCGUCUCAGGUAAUCACUAUCCUGAAGAGACAUGCACAAGCUUUGUGCCUCAAUUCCCGUCCGGAUGCCCUUUUGUGACGUCCGUAGGUGCCACAACUGGACUACCAACGGAAUCUGCUGCUUCGUUCACGAGUGGUGGCUUCUCCAACUACUGGAGCAGGCCAGCAUACCAAGACACAGCGGUUACGGAGUAUCUCUCGAUCCUCGGUAGCAACAAUACUGGUUUGUACAACGCUAGUGGGCGCGGUUUCCCCGACAUCUCUGCCUAUGGCGUCAACUUCGAAACCAUCGGUAUGGGUGACUUGCUCCUUGCCAGCGGGACGAGUUGCGCGGCACCCACGUUUGCCAGUAUCGUGGCGCUACUCAAUGAUCGGCUUCUGGCCGCCGGAAAACCCGUUCUUGGAUUCUUGAACCCGUUACUUUACUCAAAAGGCGUGUCGGGCUUCACUGAUAUACUAACGGGAAACAAUCUAGCAUGUGCCAAUUACACGACUGGCUUUUACGCUACUCAGGGAUGGGACCCUCUCACUGGGCUCGGCACGCCCAUAUUCCCGAACUUGCAGGAGAUUCUAGGGCUCUGA